AUGAACCUGCUUCCUCCACAACCGAGUCGAACUCUAUCACAAAAACCCAACCUCUUCCUUCAUCGGCCCAGUUUGCUUUCUGCCCGAAGUCGAUCAUCGUUGGUUACGGAAUCCGUUUCACGAAAUGAAGAAAUCGAGGGCCGGGGCCUUAGUGGCGACAAGUACUUUGUCCGUUGUAAUCUUGCUGCGGGUUGGAAGUCGAGUGAAUCGUCGUACAUUUCAACGGCUGGGCUUUGGCCCACAGUCCCGUCACCUGUUGAACCGGAUCUUGAGCAAGACGAAGAAUUACGCGACUACCUGCGCGCCAACCGAUUCCACUGGUGGAGUGUCGUCACGUAUCUCUUAGCCCUGACAACAUACCUGGCUGACGUCGGCUGCGACAUCUAUCUCACAAUUCAGUACUACAAGCAAGGCGAAGGGUACUGGGGCACGCUGACGGCGUUUUUCGUUCUGUUCUCGUCGCUCAUCGUAAUGAGCUUCAGUCUCGAGUGGUACGUGCUGGAUCUACGCGCCAAAGUGGAGCCGCAUCACUCCCUCGCUGCAUGGGCCUGGCGAAUUGGCUUUCAUGUUCUUCAAAUGGCCCCGAUUGUGAGAAGUGGUGAUUUUGAUCUUAGUGAGCGAAAGUUUGAAGAUGCGGAAUCGCAAGCGCUGGUGGAUGAAGACUCAGUGCAAACGCAGCAAGAGCUUGCAGCAGCUCAGUCGGAAGUCCCUCAAAGACCCAGUUCCAAGCGGUUGCAUCAGAUGGCAAAAUGCCAAAACAUGGAAGUCGGGUCCCCCACAUGUGUUGACCGGAUGACUUUCCCUGCCUGCCAGCCAGUAACAAAAAGGUCUCCUUGUGUAAAAGUUAGCAGGGUGAUGAAAAGUAUGCUUUCCUACGAGAAUCUUAAACGUAAAAGCUGUUGUGGGUCGAAGCCGGACAUGAGGGGCGUACCAACAACGGGAUCGGUAGUUCUCCCGCGCGCAGCAUAUUCACCAGACUCGACCACAUUCGACUACCAUUUCGCUGUCACCUUUGUAGGCAUGCUGAAAGGCACGGUAUUUUGGAAUCUUAUAAGUUACCUUCUGGCCAAGCCGUCGAAGGACAUGAUCGAGUGUCACGCACCAAAGCCGAUUCUCUUAGCCACAGCCACACCACUCUCUGCCUUGAUUAACUGCAUUUCUCGCGCCUCCAGACAAACAGAUGGCUUAGUAUACGGCCUACAAAGUAGACGAAAAGGCAUCAGCACGCAGGAGGCGGUGCAACUGACAAAACUUUGGCGUUGUGAGAAUGCUGACGCCGCGAUGCUUCGCGUCAUGGAGGGUUUCAUGGAGGCCUCUCCACAGAUCCUUCUUCAACUCUACAUCAUUUUUACCCAGCCCGCCUCCCGGUCACCGAGUCUGCUGUUUCCGCAGUACGCUUCGUGUGCCACCUCACUGCUCUCAAUCGCGUGCUGCCUCACAACCUACCAGGUGGCGCUUCGCAGUGUUCGUGUGGAGAAGCGCGACAUGCAGUGCUGCAGCCCCGCGCCACCGCUCUUCUUCGCCUGGAAGCUCUGUUUCCUCAGCAGUCGACUCCUCGCUCUGGCCCUCCUGGCAGUGGGCCUGCGCCACCUCCCUGCUCACCCCAUCCCUCCCCCGUGGCCCUUUUUCGCCUGCCUCCUCGUGCACUGGUUGGUGUCGUUCGUGAGCCUCGUGAACAUCGGCACGACCUUCUGCACCCACACUCCCGGCACCCCGCCGGAGUUGGCGUUCGACGCCACACUGGCCGUCAUGCACUGCUUCGACGUGAUUAACGUGAGAGAGGGGCACUCGCGUUGGUACUACACCUGCUGGUACACCGCCAUCUUCAUCGAGAACGUGGCUGCUGCGUUUGUCUGGUUAUCGUUGAGUGGGGCGAAGGGAGAAUCAUCUAUUGUCUAUCCCCUCGUGGUGAUUAUCAUGUUCCUCGUUGGCCUACUGCUCAUGAUCUGCUACUACAAGCUUGCUCAUCCUGCACUGGCGGUGAGUUUUAGCGCUUUUGCGUAUUUGAGUCAAACACUAAUCGCCUUCUCUCCUUGGAAUUUAUCACUUGUUCGCCGUGUUCGACAAGCGGUAAUGCAAGUUUGA